AUGUUUUUAAACAGUAAAUGCAUUUCAGCGGAACGAAUGAACAAACGGAAUAUGAUGUUCAGAGCGUCGAAAAGUUACGCGUGAUUGCACGUUGGCUAAUCUAAAGAAACGAAUUAAGAAAUUUUUUAUCCGUGUAAUUCUAGAAUCGAAAUUUAUACACUACGUUGUAUUAAAUUAAAUAUUUUCUUGCGAAAUGAGGCUCCUUGUAAUUAUUAAAAUCUCGGGAUAUCACGUGAGAACACGCCCUGGUAAGAAGGAUAUCCGGUAAUGUCGGUGUAGUAAUUUAAGUGGUCGAUGCUUCUUUUUCCGGCAACCGGCGUCCAUUUUCGUUGUUGGCUUGUCUAAGGUUGGCGCGUUUAGCACCUAUGAACGGAUAAUUCAACGAUAAGCGAGAUAAGUAAGUACAUCUCCCGUAGAAAAUAAAGCUUGCAUUCUAUUCGAAUUUCUUUUUAGAGUUUACUAAACUUCCACGAUACGUUGGCGUAAGUAGUUGCGAUCAGGAAAAAAAAAAGCUUCGUUGAUUGAUCUGCGAAUAUUAGCGUCUGUGCAGUGAAUGAAAAUUUCGUCGCUCAUAAGGAAAUCUCGUUGGAAUAAAUUUUAGAUACCGAUCGAUCAAUGGAAGGCGCGCCAGCCAGUCGAGGUGGAUUUCGUGGUGGCCGUGGUGGGCCGGGCGGUCCUAUGAGAGGACGCGGUGGUUUUGGGGACAGAGGAGGAAGGGGUGGCCCUCCGAGGGGUGGUGGUAUGAUGAGAGGUGGCAGAGGUAGUGGACCUGGAGGUGGAAUGAGAGGCGGUCCACCAGGAAUGAGAGGUAGAGGUGGUCCUCCUGGAAGAGGUGGUCGUGGUGGACAUUUUCCUCCUGGGGGUCCACCGGAACCAGGAAUGUCUAGUGGUCCAGGAGGUGGUGGACCACCACCACCAGGAAUGGGAGGUUUACCGCGUGGUGGUAGCAGAGGAGGUGGAAGCAGUGGUUUCCGAGGCAGAGGAAGAGGUGAUUUUGGUAGGAGUGACAAUCCUAGAGGUAGUAGCAGUUUCCGUGGACGAGGAAUGGAUAGAGGCAGUAGAGGAGGAUCUCGAGGUGGAUCUGGUAGAGGUGGUCUAGGUGGCAGAGGCUUUGGCGAUCGUGGAAAUAGAGGAAGUAGUGGACGUGGUAGUGGCCCGUCGAAAAGGGGAGGUGGACCACCAGGCUCGAGCGGACCUUCAAAAAGGCCGAGAUUUGAUCAACCAUCUUCGCAAUCUGCGAAUGGUUAUGCCACUCAACCACCAAGUCAAGGAUAUGGAGGUGGAACUAGCAAUGCCUAUGGUGGAGGACAGCAACAACCGCAGCAGCAGCAGCCAGUAGGAUACGGUGGUGGUUAUGGAUCACAAAAUUAUACUCAGUCAUCGUAUCAAAGCUACGAAAGUUAUCAACAACCGCCAGAUUAUGGUCAAACAGCUGGAUAUCCACCGUCAGCAGCUACUGAUAGUAGGUAUGGAGGAGCAUCUGCUGUACCAACUACAGGAGCUUUCAGUACUGGUGAUCCUUACAGCUAUGGCAAAGCUCCACCAUCAGGUUGAUAACGACUAUGCUGUCACAGAUGGUCGUACUACCAAUUCACUGAGCCAAGCAACAUCUGCCACAUGACUGGCAUCGACGUUGUUCUUCAAGAAGAUUCAAGUCUUUUUUUUUUUUUUUUUU